UCUUCUCUCAUCGUUCUCAGUAUCACAUCCUUUCCUUGUCUAAGCUAAGCUAACCUUUCAUUCAUGGCGGAAAAUCCCAUCCGAUUCGGCAUCUUAGGAUGUGCUGAUAUAGCUCGCAAGCUAUCUAGGGCCAUAAACAUCGCUCCAGGCGCAGUAAUCCACGCCGUCGGAAGCCGAUCGCAGGAGAAGGCAACCUUAUUCGCCUCCGACAACAGUUUCCCCGCCGGCGCCAAGGCUUACGGAACUUACGAAGCCGUCCUAGACGACCCAGAUGUCGACGUCGCCUACAUUCCUCUUCCGACAAGUCUGCAUGUACGCUGGGCAGUCCUCGCCGCACAGAAGAAGAAGCACAUCCUCCUCGAGAAGCCAGUCGCUCUUAAUGUUAAGGAACUCGACCUCAUUCUGCAAGCCUGCCAAGAAAACGGCGUUCAGUUCAUGGAUGCUACCAUGUGGAUGCAUAAUCCUCGCACUGCUAAGAUGAGAGAAUUCCUCGACGAUCCCCGGCGCUUUGGUCAGCUUAAUACGGUACACAGCGUCUUCACACUGGCGGCUAAAUCGGAUUUCCUGAAUAACAACAUCAGAGUGAAGCCAGAUCUGGAUGCUCUCGGUGCACUUGGAGACGUCGGGUGGUACUGUACAAGGGCCGUUCUAUGGACGGCUAACUACGAGCUUCCUAAAACAGUCAUAGCUUCGAAGAAACCUGUUAUCAAUGAAGCAGGCGUGAUUUUAGGUUGCGGAGCUUCGUUGUAUUGGGAAGACGGGAAAGUGGGUAGCUUCCAUUGUUCAUUCCUGUCCAAUUUGACAUCGGACAUAACUGCACUCGGAACGAAAGGUAAUUUGCAUGUGAACGACUUUGUGAUUCCUUUUGAAGAGGAGAAGGGUUCGUUUACAGUUGCGUCGGGAAGUGGAUUUAAGGAGUUAAUGACGGGAUGUGAGCCGGCUCCUAGCGAGCAUAUUGUGACGACGGAGUUUCCGCAGGAAGUGAGUAUGGUGAUGGAGAUCUCUCGGUUGGUUGCGGCUGUGAAAAGUGGUUCGAAGCCUGAGAAGAAAUGGCCGAUUUACAGUAGGAAGACUCAGCUGGUUCUUGAUGCUAUUAAAGCUUCCAUUGAUAAUGGCUUUGAAGAGGUUGAAGUUGGUAAUUGAUCGAAUCCCAGUUUGAAGUUUGAACUGAUGGGUACUUAAUAAUUAUGUUAAAAUAAAGUGUUGGGUUCUCUUGCUUUUGCUUAUGUUUCAAUUAAAAAAAGUGUUCUUCUUCUUCUGCAAUUCGCCGCUGAUCAUAUGACUGGCCAUGAAUAAUAAAUUAAACUUCCAUCUUUUGCUGUUGUGCGUUCAUUCUGACGUGGGUUUGAUUGGAGUUUCUGGUUUUCGAUUCUAUUUAAUGUAUUACAAUAUUAUGCUCCAUUGAGUAA